AUGUCUCCUCGUUGUAAAAAAUCAAAAUGUUUAAAGAGAGUACCUAUAUAUAUUCCAGUGCACAGACCAUGUCUUGAUAGUUUACAUUUACCGAUUUCAAGACCCUGUGCGUUGCCUUCUUUUAAUGUACAUGAGUCGAGUUAUAUCCAGCCGACUCAUCCAGCAUGUCACGGCAGAGAUCAAAGUUGUUCUGUUAAAAUUUGUAGUCCUAAUGAUUGGAUCCCGUCCCACCCACAUGUUUGUAAAUUAUUUGAAAUAAACGAAGAUAUAAAUAUAGUUGGUAGUGAAAUCGAUCUAGAACAAAGUGAGCAAUAUAAAAGACUAGAAGAAAAUAAUUUGGACGACGAAUUUGUUCAGGGAAACCCACAAGCAAACAGCAAAGAUAAAUACUUUGAAGAGAAAAAUGGAAAAGUAAACGAAGAAGAAAUAUCAUCGCAAUUGCAUUCGGCGUCAACUUAUAAUCAAACAAGCAAUAUUCAAGACCAUUUUGCGCAAAGACAACCAUUACCAAAAAUGCCUAUAAAUCCAGCUCAAACGAAAUCUAAAACAAGCGCUAGAAGAAUUAGAAAUAGUCGUGAUGAUAGUCGGAGUAAUGUGCGCCAUGUUGGAAGCACAGUUGUUCCUGAGACACGUUGUAAAGGAAUUCAAGUCACGCCCUCCUCGGCAUUACAUGAAACUGGAUUUUUUCCCCAAAAUCAAUUAAAUAAUGUAUCGAGAAAUAAAUUAGUGUCUGAACGUAAUGGUCGAAAACCUUAUAAUGAUGCUACUUAUAGUUAUGAUAAUAGUAGAGAAACACUGAUUAACAGAGACAAUUUUAACCAACCAAAUGUGAACCGUAAGGACUUUUACAACGAACGAAAUGGAACAUUAAAUCCUUGUUGUCAAUCAAAAUAUAUUCAAAUAAAGCAAAGAGAUUUAGAUCUAUUAAAUAAUAGGGCACAAACUUCAUCACUUAAUAAUAAUAUAGAAUAUCCAAGACAAAAUGACGUUUAUCCUGAAAAAAAUUGUGAGUAUGAUAGGGAUGAACGUUUUAUUCGAUCUCCUCAGGAUACUUACGGUUUGGGCACGUCGAGACCUUCAGCAAAUUCACCUAAAGAACAUAUAAUUAGUAUGAAUAGAAGCCCUACAGAAUAUACAUCUGCACAACAAUUGAUGAAGGCAAGCGAUACCAAAGGAAUUACGACAAAAAUAUCACCUGUUAAAUCUCAAGAAUUUGCGAAUAUUCAAACAGGUUUUAAUCCAGUUCAAAACGAAUCUGAAAGAUACACUUUAAAUGGCAAAACAUACAAUCAUGAGCGCAAUAAUUCCCUAUAUUUGAAUGAUCUUCAACCAAAUGAGAGAGGAUCACGAGAAAGGGCUUUAAGAGAUAUAGAUGAGGAUAAUAUUGCAAUUUCACCAAAUCAAAGACAGAAUGUAUUCCAAGAGAAAUCAUGCUGCAAAGAAUCUGCUCCUGCACAAAAACCAGUAGUGUACUCACCAAUGAUGAAUCCAGAAAUACAAAAACAGAAAUUACAAAGCAAAAAUAGAGUAUUCUCAGAAACUCUUACUUCAGGUUCUAGACAGGGGAAGGGAUGUUGUAAACACGGAAUAAGCGGAUUGGAAAAUAAGUUUAGAAGUGGCAUGGGGCAAGAUACGUCAUACGAACAUCGAUUGGACAAGUUUUCUACGAAAAACGUAGAGUGUGCUUGUACAGACAAAGAUGAAGGAAAAGAUCAGAAAUGCACGAAAAAGACUUGUGACCGUGAUAUUGGUACAAUAUCAUGUGCUUCAGUCGCAUGUACUGCUAACCAAGGUAUUUACGUU